AUGGAGAGCUGGGGUGUGGAGAUUGCGCUUGGCCUCAGUAUGAGCGUGGCGGUGCUAGCCUUCUGCAGGACCAGUGGCUGGAGGCCCGUGGGCAUGAGCAGCAGUAUACGAUGGCAUGACACACACCGCGACGACGAGGAGACAAACGACAUUGACGCGCUCGAGCCAACUAUACUGUGGAACGGCGGCAUCGAGACUACAGCGGGGUUAAUUGUGGCUGUGUCGGUGAUGGCGGCAGUGGCAGCGGAGAUCGCAUCAGAGACCGGAAGACACGUAAUUGGAACCGCAAUGUGCUGA